AUGGCCUCCCUCGGCGGCUUCUUCGACCCUUCUCGUCUCACAACUGCAUCUCCCAAGGCCAUCCUCAUCACCACCUUCUCCCUUCUUAUUGUCUACUACAUCACCUCCUCCAUCAUUGCCUGGUAUCGCCUGCGUCACUUUGACGGCCCAUGGCUCGGCAAGUUUUCGUACCUCUGGAUCUUCAAGAUCAUCCACUCGGGCCAAAUGGGUGAAGCAGCCCACGCCGCCCAAGACAAGUAUGGCGGCGUCGAGCCCGGAUAUCCUUCCACCGUGCGCAUUGGCCCCUCAGACCUCAUCACCACCGAGCUCGACCUGAUCCGGCGUAUGUCUGGCGCGCGCUCUCGCUAUACCCGCUCGGACUGGUACAAAUUGAACCGCCUCGAUCCCUAUGACGAUAACAUGUUCAGCACCACUUCCACUACCUACCACGACAAGCUCAAGAGCAAAAUGGCUCCCGGAUACGCAGGCAGGGAUAACACCGGCGUGGAAAAGGACAUUGCCCAUGUUAUUAGCAAGCUGGUCGACAAGAUCAGGACCAAAUAUGCGGCGCCCAAGGGGUCUACGUCACCAGCGGGAAGGGAGAUGUUGGAGUUUGGCCAGAUGGCGCAGUACUUCACGCUUGAUGUCAUUUGCAAGACGGCGUUCCAGGUCGAGUUUGACCAUAUCACCAAGGAGGAGGACGUGUUUGGGUACAUCUACAUGGUUCACAAUUUGGUCUAUGGUAAUGCCAUGGGUGCGACGAUUCCCAUUAUCGGGAAGGUUUUGAGUAAUCCCCUGUUCUUGAAGAUGUUUGGUCCGACGACGAAAGACCCGAGGGGAAUGGGCUUGAUUAUGAAGGUCGCGAGAGAAAUCGUCGCCAAACGCUUUGCUCCAGAUGCCAAAGACCAGCAGGACAUGCUCGGCUCCUUCAUCCGCCGCGGCCUCACCCAACGUCAAUGCGAGACCGAAUCCAUCUUCCAGAUCCUCGCCGGCUCCGACACCACCGCCACCGGCAUCCGCUCCGGCCUACUCUACCUCUGCUCCAACCCGCGCGCCUACACGCGUCUGCAGCGUGAAAUCGACGAACGUAUCGCGUCCGGUCUCAUCUCUUCCCCAUGCAUCACCAAUGCCGAAUCCCUCGCCUUCCCCUAUCUCCAAGCAGUAAUCUACGAGUCCCUGCGCAUGCGCCCUCCCUUCGAUGGACUCCCCUUCAAGAUCGUCCCGCCCGAGGGUGAUUAUACCCGCGAUGGAAAAUUCAUCCCCGGUGGAACCAAGAUUACGGCUACGUUUGGCGCGAUGCAGAGGAACAAGGAGGUGUUUGGUGUUGACAGUGAUAUCUGGAGACCGGAGAGGUGGUUGGAGGAGGAGGGGUGUGAUGCGGAACGCAGGAGGGAGAUGAAGAGCGUGGUGGAGAUGGUGUUUGGGUAUGGGAGGUGGCAGUGCGCGGGCAAGAUGGUGGCCAUGUUGGAGUUGAAUAAGAUUUUCUGCCAGCUCAUGCGGAACUUUGACUUCCAGCUCGCCAAUCCUACACAACCUUGGAAGAGCCGCAACUAUCACAUCUUUUUCCAUGACGACUUUUAUCUGACUGUUACGGACAGGCACAGCAAGACGGAGGACGAGAAGUCAAGCUAGGCGUCUAUCGAGAGGUUUCAAAUAAGCAAAAUGACGAGUUGACUUCGACGUGC